UUUACGUUUAUUUCUAAUGUACAGAGUAUCUGAGAUAAUCCAAUAAAUUAAGUUCUCCCCCCAAAAAACACUCAGAAGGAUCCAAAACAACAGAAGUUCAUUUACGUGGUGUCAAGUCACUUUAACAUGGAUCCUCUAUUUCAGAAGCUUCUUUCUCAAAUAACUUCAGUCAUUCUUUGGUUCUCUGCCGUAGCUAUCAUCUUUGAACAAAAUGGCUCUGCGAUGAGUCUGCCAAACAAUGAAACUAUACCAGCAGUCUUUGCUUUUGGAGACUCCAUAGUUGAUCCAGGAAACAACAAUUACAUCAGCACUCUAGUCAAGUGCAAUUUCCCACCAUACGGUAGAGAUUUUGCUGAGGGAAAUCGUCCAACUGGGAGGUUUAGCAAUGGUUUAGUCCCCUCAGACUUUAUAGCUGGAAAAUUUGGUGUCAAGAAGCUUUUGCCAGCUUAUCUGGAUCCAAGCCUGAAUCUCCAAGACCUCCUCACCGGUGUGAGCUUCGCCUCUGGUGGUGCUGGAUAUGACCCUCUCACUGCUGAAUUAGCGGCUGUAGUUCCGUUAUCAGAUCAGCUGAACAUGUUCAAGGAGUACAUAAAGAAGAUCAAGGAUGAGGUUGGGGAAAGCAAAACGGCAAUUAUAAUAUCAAAGAGCAUAUAUAUAGUCUGCACAGGAAGCGAUGACAUUGCCAAUACUUAUGUUCAAACACCAAUCAGGCGACUCCAGUAUGACAUUCCAUCAUAUACAGACUUGAUGGCUGCACAAGCAUCAAACUUCUUGCAGGAGCUUUAUGGAAUAGGUGCUAGAAGAAUUGGAGUAUUUGGUAUAACAGCAAUAGGGUGCAUGCCGUCACAGAGAACAAUUGAAGGAGGCAACCUGAGAGGAUGUUCAUACAAUGCAAACAUAGCAGCAUUUCUGUUCAACUCCAAGCUCACUUCUGAAAUGGGUGCCCUUAACAGGAAGUUUCCAGAAUCUAGGCUUGUCUAUCUUGAUGUUUACAACCCAUUGCUUACACUUCUUCAAAACCCAUUUAUAUAUGGUUUUAAAGUGACAAACAAAGGGUGCUGCGGAACAGGAUACAUAGAGGUAGGCAUCUUGUGCAACCCUUACAGCAUAAAUACGUGUUCAAACUCCUCAGACUACAUAUUCUGGGACAGCUACCAUCCUACAGAGAAGGCGUAUCAUCUCCUUAGUUCUCUGGUGCUUGAAGAUAAAAUUAAGGACUUCUUCUAGAAAAAAUUUCCACUCUUAAUUGAAACCGCUACUUCAUUAUGGUUUUUGAUUUUCUAGCAACUCAGUCUCUCUUUCGUGUUCCCUUACCCAAUAACCGAAUUAUAUCCUGAAGCAUUUAUGCAUCUUGACUCGUAUUUGGCAUUGCAACAAAAUGCAACCUCUUGAACAGAUAUUUAUGUAGAAACACUCUCCUAUGGAAGUUCUUCAAAUUUCAACUUUUUUCUUGGUUACAUUUCUAAAAGGUAACGCAAUACCUUGAAUAAGUUUAUGCAAAGUAUUCGGCUUCCUUUUGGUGUGAGGAAACAUUACGAUACGCAGGAAAUGCGUGUACUGGAACACAACU